AUCAUUUCUGUUUUACGGUAAUAAUACAACACUUUGUGCUUGACAAUGAGUGGCAGAGGAAAAACCGGCGGCAAAGCGAGAGCGAAGGCCAAGACUCGGUCGUCCAGGGCAGGGCUGCAGUUCCCCGUCGGUCGCGUUCACAGGCUUCUCCGCAAAGGUAACUACGGAGAGCGCGUCGGUGCCGGUGCUCCCGUCUAUCUGGCGGCUGUGCUCGAGUAUCUCACCGCUGAGAUCCUGGAGCUGGCUGGAAACGCCGCGAGGGACAACAAGAAGACCCGCAUCAUCCCCCGUCACCUGCAGCUGGCGGUGCGCAACGACGAGGAGCUGAACAAACUCCUGGGCGGAGUGACCAUCGCUCAGGGCGGCGUGCUGCCCAACAUCCAGGCCGUGCUGCUGCCCAAGAAGACCGAGAAACCCGCCAAAGCCAAGUAAACGAGUCCGGUCUCCUUCAACACAAAGGCUCUUUUCAGAGCCACCCAUUUCAUCUGAUAGAGAGCGCGUUUCUAUUAAAUUAUUUAACUAUAUGCACUAUUAAAGAACAUAAUUAUCAACCAAAUAAAUGCGUGUUCAUUUUGUCAUUUGUGACUAAAUGCAAUGAACUAUUUUACACAACCAUUUAAAAUAAAGGAGGAAUGCAUAUCUCAUAUCAAAUAAAACCAUGUUAAUAGGAAAUCUGUAAAGUGUGUUUGUGGCAUAAAAACUUGGACUCUGUGGUAAAUGGAGUGAUGAAAUGAAGUUGUCUGCUGUUUUGCUGUACAGAUAAAUUAUGCUUAAUAUAUAUGCACCAUCGGGAUCUC